AUGGCAGGUCCGCACGAAGCGUUGGUCUCCAUUGCUCGCAUGCACCACAUCAGGAGCAUGGCGAAAUUCCGCCGGUUGAAGCAGCACGCGCGUAAUUCAGAGGCCGGCAAGCCAGGUGUACUCGUCUUCCGCGGAACGAAGUUUACAGUGUCGAUGUUCCUCGAGAACGCAAGAGCCUUACGCUACCUCGACUUCCAUCAUGUCGACACCCAAUCACUACUUCCUCCGUCCGCCGGCUUCGCGGACAAGAUGGACUACGGGCUCGAAGAGGUCCCAGACAUGAAGGAGCUUGUACGACGCCUUGACGAACACGGUCUGAAGGACUGGUUCCGGAGGGAGAUGGGGAUGUCGGGACGCAUCUUCAGGCUUCACCACACACGUCGCGCAAGCUCAUCGGUCGUGCGACUUUCGUCAGGCAUCGAUAGGAACACCCGUUUCUCGCCGCUCGCACCCUCUAAUCGCCGCCAUAAGUACUCGUCGUCGAAGAUGAAUGCCUUCGCCCAAGCUGCCCUGGGCAUCCUCACCGACCACCUCACCACAACCAUAGUGACCGCCAGCGGCGUUGGCGGCAUGAUCCUUGCACCCUACGCAGCACCACUCAUCCUAGGCGCCGUCGGAUUCACACCGGGCGGCGUUGCUGCGGGCAGCAUUGCCGCGGGGAUACAAGCAGGCAUUGGCAACGUCGCUGCAGGAUCCUUGUUCGCGGGAGCGCAGGCGGCGGGGGCUACAGGUGCUAUCCCGGUCAUAGGGACGAUCAUAAGCGGUGGCAUCACCGCUGCCUCUGCCGGCGCUGGGAAGGCGAUUGCUGACUUGUUCUAA